AUGAACAACAUCAACAUGGCCAACAUGGCCGCCAUGACUGGUGCCGUCGGCGCUCCGAUGGGUAUGAUGAACAAUGUCGGUGUCCCGCCCGGCGCGGCAAACCGGCCCCAGCCUCCGCAGAACCAGCAGCAAGCACAACAACAGCAGCAGGCCCAGCAGCAGCAGCAGCUUCAGCAGCAACAGCAACAGCAGCAGGCACAACUCCAACUUCAACAGCAGCAGCAACAGCAACAGCAGGGCCUGUCCCAAGGGCAGCCCCAUGGCCAGCCCCAGGGCCCGGCCCCGGGCCUCCCUAUGCAGGAGAUUGGCAACCGCACGUUGCUCAACACCUACAUCUACGAAUACUUCCUCCGGUACGAGAUGCUGGACUGCGCCCGCGCGAUCCUUGGUCAGCAGGUGAACUUGCAGAAGGAUGGCCCUGACGGCCGCCGCGACGAGAACGGCAACAUUAUCAACGGCGUCGGCGACGAUGCUAUGGACACCGACUCCAAGGACUUUGCCGACGCAAAGACCGUCGAGGACCUGCCGACCCCGAACUUGCCCAUGCCGUCAGAUAGUAGUUUCCUCUUCGACUGGUUCUGCCUCUUCUGGGAAAUGUUCAACGCACAAAAGGGCAAGGGUCACCAUUCUGGCGUGAACCAAUACACGCAGCACAUGCAGUCUCGCCUCCGUCAAGCCCAGCAACAGGACAUGCUCCGUCAAAUUCGCCCCGACUUUCAGCAGCAGCAGCAGCAGAUGAUGAUGCGCAAUAUGCAGAAUGGCGGAAUGCUCGCCAUGAAGCAGGGAAACAAUCUCCCGCGUACGGCCAUGGCGAACAGCCAGAACAUUCCGCAAGGUAUGAACAUGCUUCAGGCAAAACAGGGCCAGAUGCAGCGGGACCCGUCGGAUCUUGACGGCAACCGCGCGCGCCCCUCGUCUCCUGGCUCGGGUGAAAAUGCUCCGUCGCCCUCCAAGCGACCCCGCCUGGACAGUGUGCCUUUUAACCCCAACCAAGCGGCUCUGAUGCAAAACGGUCGUCCGGUUGCACAGGGCAUGCCUGGCCAACAGGUAGGAACCGGUCCUAUAAACCCUCAGGUUCACCAGAUGUUUCUCGCCAACGGUGUGAACCCCGCUAGUCUGAGCACCGAGCAGCUCCAGCAGUUCUCCCAGCAAUCCCCCGCCGCCCAGGCCAAGAGUAUUCAGGCUUACUCACAAAACCUGCAACAGCAUCACAACGCUCAGCUGCCAAACAAGGUCAUGCCCAAUGUGUCAGGUCCUCCCGGUCAGGGCUCGCCUAUGAUCCCGGAUGGUGCUUCGCUGAAUGCGUUCUACAAUGCCGGUGAGCUGGCCGGCCCCGCUGCUAUGCGCGGUGGCCCUGGCGCUCCACCGGCAGGCGGUGGGAGCAACCACGCCCUGCAGGACUAUCAGAUGCAGCUGAUGCUCCUUGAACAGCAGAACAAGAAGCGUUUGAUGAUGGCUCGCCAGGAGCAGGACGGCAAUGUCGGCAUGGGCCGCCCUGACGGCACCCCUGUUGGCACGGUCGGUACACCGGGCGUUCCUGGUGCUCCUGGCCAGCCCGGCGUUCCUGGUGGCCCCGGCGGCCCCGGCGCGCCCAACGUCGGCCAGCAAUUCCCUGGCUCGUCGCCUCAGGGUGGCCGCCCCGGCGCCUCGCCCAACCCUGCUGAUCAGAUGAAGCGUAACAACCAGCAGAUGGCUGGCAACGGCAUGGGCUCACCGCUGCCUGACAACCCGCAGUCCCGCGGCUCACCGAACGCCGCGAACUUUAUGAACACGCACAUGGACCCGUCCAUGGCGCCCAACUUCUUCAAGGUCGACGGCAACAUGGCCGCUCAGCAAAUGAACGGCAUGCGGACCCCUGGCGCCCACCCCGGUAUGCCUUUCAACGGCCCCAUGAACCCGCAGAUGAUGGCUGCUGCCCGUCAGCAGCAGCAGCAACAGCAACAGGCUGCCGCUGCGGCCGGUGCUGCAGGCCAGGGUGGUCCUCCGAUCCAGUGGCAGCAGGGUGCACCCAACGGCGGUCCGAUGAACGGCCCGCAGGGCGGUGCCCUCCAGGCCCCGCAGCCGCAGGGCACACCUCAGCAGAGAGCGAUGCCGCCACCGUCCGCACCUGGUGCUGCUGCCGCCAGCGCCAACCAGCGGACAACGGCCUCGCCCCAGACAAGCACUGCGGCGCCCCCGACGCCACAGACGGCCGCCAAGGCCAACCCGAAGAAGAAGGACGGCAAGGCUACGAAGAAGAAACCGCAGACUGCCGCGCAGAAAAAGUCCGCGUCGAACCUCAACGCCGCAGCAACACCGGCCGGCGAACCCUCGACUACCGACGCUGAGCCGCCGACACCGGCAACGCCAAUCACGCCCGGCAACGCGGCAGGUUUCAACGGCAAAGCGGCAGGACCUGCCGUGUCAGCUCCUCCCGCUGGCGCCAAUGUUUCGAAUGGCCAGCCGCCUGCUGUUACGGCACCUGGCGUGACCCCUGUCCCGCCACCGGCACCGGCCGCGGCCGACCCCAACCAGAACUCGGCGUUUGGCAUGGACAACACAUCGAUGACGUUUGGCCUCGAGUUUGCCGACCCUAUGGCGUCAGGAGACGUGCUCAACGACUUCGACUUCGAUACGUUCCUGCACGAAACCAACGAAGACGGCAGCGGCUUUGACUUUGGCUCGGCCACUUUUGGUAUUGAAGGCACGGGCGAGAUCGGUGCUGACUAG